AUGGAUACAGAUGAUGAGGACCACAACUACAAGCACGACGCGGGCUGCCGCAGCGGCCUCGGCAUUUCCGAGCGUAGCGGUGCUGGUUGCGACAUCUUCCAGAUCACCGGAAACGGUCAGUCGCUGACUUCAGCCAACACAAAGCGACAGGACCACAGUAGGCACCACCAUCACCACCACCUCUACCACCAAGGUUCCCACCGACAGGCCUGUGGUCGCCACUCCAUCGACGGCACCUGCCGAAACAACAACAUCGUCAUCUCUCCCACGAACUUCUUUCAACUGGAACAGGUGGACGACCAGUCCAAGAGGGGUCUCAGCCUGGGAAGCCUGUUCUCCACGGCAAACCACCACGCCUACACGGCGCUUACGAGGGCCCUGGACUCCGGCAGCUCGCUCAAGUCACCGCUGGACUCCUGCGGCGGGGAGUCGUGCAUAGUCGACAGUGGAGGCAGUACGACGGCCCUCCUGGAGACCGUAGAGAAAAGCAGUCGAAGUGGAGGAGCAGCUGGAGCCCAUAAGAGAAGGAGCCUCGGGGACGAGGAAGAGGACGACUGCUGCGACUCGGCCUUUUCCGCCGGCUGGAAUUGGCCGGCCAUUCGCAUCGGCUGCCUGCUGCUCUGCGUCUCGUGCCUGGUCGCCGUGCUGUGCAUCGUCGUCGGCGUACUGCUGCUGAGGCCUUCGUCGUGCGACCCUCCCAGGCAGUGGUGGCAGGGUGCGGUCAUGUACGAGGUGUUCGUCGCCUCGUUUGUCGACUCAGACGGAGACGGGUUCGGUGACUUCCAGGGUCUGUCUUCUCGGCUCGACUACGUCCGACACCGAAUCGGGGCGUCGGCCCUGCGGCUCACGUCGGUGUUCAGCGCGCUCGACUAUCCGCUCGAGUACGAGCACAUCAUCGACUUCGACAAUGUCGAUCCCCACCUGGGACACAUGGAUGACUUCGCGUCGUUCGUCGAACGGGCCCACGAGAUGGGUCUGCGAGUGGUGUUGGACAUCAACCCGACGGUGACCAGCGACCAGCACUCGUGGGCUGCUCACUGGCUGCUCGAUCCGUACGGGGAGUACGCCAAUUACUACGUGCCCCUCAACGAGUCUGCAAUAAUGAGCAAUGGCGUCGACGAGUGGGAGGACUCUGACGAUGACGAUCGGCGUGACCCUCAGCGGCCCUUCGGAAACCAGCUUUAUCUAAACUGGUCUCACCCUGAAGUGCGGCAGCAAGUCAUGAGGUCACUUGCAGUGUGGAUCGAAAAAGGAGUGGAUGGAUUCUACCUGAAACACGUGGACAGGUUGCAGGUUUCCGACGACCGGGAACUCUACGAGGUACUGCUAGAAUGGCGACGACUGCUGGAUGAGCAUGACUAUCUGGACGAGCGUGGACGCAUCCUCAUGACGUCGGUGAACCUGGCCCAGGAGUUGGCUGACAGAGACUCACUCUUCAUCCAGCCAAUCGUGGCCCUGUUUGACCUUCUAGACGUCCACGUGCCACUCGAGGGUGGUCCUGAUAACGUGACGCAAAUUAUAGCGUCACGGUUCGCACAGGUGACGCGACAGACGAGACUUGACGCGCGCACUACCGCUGGAGUCAGCACCGACGAGAACAUCACUGGCGGGUCUAGCGGUGAAAGAAGCCACUGUGGUGGAGUUGCCAAUAUGGCAAUGGAUCCGUGGUUGAGUUGGAACCUCGGCGACUCAGAAAGUCCACGACUUGCAUCACGACUCGUGGAUGUCGACCCACUAGCUGCACUCUUCACCCUCUGGGGCAUGCCAGGCACGGUGUCUCUAUUUUACGGGGACGAAAUUGGCAUGAAGGAUUCUGUAGACCAAUCAACUGGACGACCUUUCCGGACGGGACAGUUGGGUCCCAUGCAGUGGAGUGACGCGACCCACGCAAACUUCUCAUCUCCCGCCUCACGACCCUGGAUGCCGGCCCAUCCCGAUCACGUCAUCAGGAACGUAGACAAUUCCAGUGAGAUCAUCGACACAUUGGCCAGGGCGGCUGAGCUGAGGAGCAGCGUGGUUACGUUGUAUAUGUCGGGCGUGCCAUCACAUCGACACCGACGAUGCAACACGAAGCUAGUGCGCAAGUGCGGAGAGAUCUUCGCUAUGGAACGCUUCUACCCACGUCGCGCUCGCUACGCCGUGGUAGCAAAUUUUGCGCCGCGAGGCGUAACCAGCGACCUCUCAGACUUCGGCUUCGAAGGCAACGUCGUUGCUGGAACCUGUUCAAGCCUCCCGACACGAGUAAACUUCCGCGAGCUUUACCUCGAACCCGGUGAAGCGCUCUAUGUUGAGAUCACCAGUUGAAUGAGAGAAAGAAGAAGCGCCCAAGGUGAUGUCACGUGACGAUCAUUAGGACAUUCACAGCAUGCGUUUGUAAUGCCGGACGUUAUCAACGGGCGUCGUCAUCCGGGCGUGAUCACCCAAACAAACGUUAUCAUCUGAGGAGUAGCAGGACGAGCAACACCUUCUCGACGCCUCAUUACACCGAGAAGUGUGCUACGAGACAGUUAUCAGAGCUAACUAUAUCGGAUUCUUCGUAAUGUGACUCGACCAUACUUCCAUGUUGAAGUUCCACCCACUCCGAACCAACGCUCCACGAGCCGUCAGCUGUGAAGCGAGUGCGCUGUCUUCGCACAAGUAUUUGAUAAGAAAAACAGUUGCUUGUGACCCGGCGUAGUGAACAUUGCUUUGACGAGGAGUGUAAGUGCUCGUAAGCACUUGCCCGUUUUAUCACAUGUGCGUGCUCUUGGCCAAACUCAGGACAGAGUUCCAUCGUGUCAUGGUGUUUUUCAUAACGACUAUUUGACGACGGCAGUCACUCGUGGUAAGAUGUUACCGAGAUCAAACUGUGCCCUGUGCUGUGAAGCUUCCAUCUAGGAGACCCCUUCCGGCGUAGCAGCCAACGUUGACUCCUGUCAACAGUUGAACGCAGCUCCUGAGCUGACGUUUUUGGUGUGUGGCAUACGGAGAACUCUAGUGUAUCGAAGCAAAGCGUCCUACCCUGGCUGUCAGCAAUAUUUCUGAUGGGACAUUUGUAGUUCGGUGCAACUGUUUACCUUUCGCUCUCAAAUUCUCUCCUCCGGAUUGCAUAUUGACUCACUGAAAAAAACGUCAUGUGAGCAUUUAUUGAAUUCGACAUAGAGAGGAGUUGUGUUAUGCGAACAAGUGCCAUGAAUAAGAGAAAUGUGUGAGUGCGUGACAAGCCGGAAUGUAUUACCAGUGCGAAGCAUAUACAUUCCUUCCCAGAGCUGUUGGUAUGCGGUCAUAGGAAUUGCGAGGUGUACCACGCGCCGUAUUAUGGUAAAAGGACUACUGAAAGAGCAAACGUGUUCUGAAAAUUAGUAAUUCUAUAUAUAUCGACACAUCCGUAACGCCAUUUACCACUUGGCUACAAAGCAGAUCACCUAACAGUGCACCGAAAGAGUUGCAUGGAAGUGUCAUGUUUGGAGGUAAACGCUUGGCGCAAUAUUAAUUAAACGGUGGGUCGUUUAAAAUGCCAUGCAGGCGGUACAAUAGAAUUAAUUUGUUAUUAGUGCCAUAACAGCAGACCCAAAACAACGAGAGAGUUCAUGUGCGGGCAUUGAAUAAAAUUCCCUUCUACUCGCCAUAAGAUAGCCUUCCACGUGGUAAGUAUAGUUUAGAGACCCGGAGAAAGUGUUUUGUGACUUCAGGAGUUUUAUGUAAAGCAGAACGCAAAGAAACCUGCCUCGUGUCUACACAUAUGUGCCAUAUCAAGUGUCCACCACUCAAUGCUUGAAUGGUACAGCCAACACUCAUAAAAGCCGUCGUAUUUCCAUGGGGAGGAAGUUCGCUCCAAGGAUGUGUUUUUUCAGCGGCGCACUUCAGAGAUGCCUAGAAGGAGCUGCUUUGGCAAGUGUCCAGAAAUCUUCCCACUGUAGGGGGCAGAGAUGACAUAAUAGCAAUUUGACAAAUUUUUGAAGCUAACUUGAGGAGAGACAUUCACCUUUUCUCCUGUACAAAGAACGCUAUUGAAGUUACGAAUGAUUGUAGGGGCAGCGGAUUAUCUUCUUUAUAUUAUUGUACUUUCUGUUUGUGUUCAUUUUGUAGGCCAAUAUCGUCACAAGUUUGGAUAGUGGAGUUCAUUUGUCAUAAUAUGGUUUGAGCACACAAGGAGAUGUACUUGCGCAUAAAGAAGCUUCCGUGAAAAAAAAUGUUUGAAAGUCAUGCAGGGGAAUGUAGUUAUGUGAAGUAUAAAAUGUCAGGUGGUUCAAUCAAUCACAGUUCUCAUUUUUUCGAAGAACACAUGAUUCCACGAGAGCAUUUCUUCAUCAAACUUCAUAUGUUCGAACAGUUCACAGACUGAUGUGCACUUAAAAACUAUCAUUCGCAGAGUCCACUUGUGGCUUCUUCCACUGCUUUUUUACUGAACAAUCGAGCUUGUUCUGAAAAAAAAAACAGACAUGGAAGAAUUAUGUUUAUCUUGCUGUUGGAUUAAAUCCAGCUUAUAUAUCAUUCACAAAACCAGGGCACAUUGGUUUUAACACAAGGGUUCCAUAGGUGUUACUGCACUGGUUUCUUUGACCGACAAAAAAA